CCGGCGACGAGAAACAACGGAUCUUGUCCAAAAAUGCGGACUAUGGUGCAACGGAAAAUAAAUCUAACAAAAGAAAUAAGAAAAUACCAGGCCCGUCUACUUCUUUAUUAAGUUUGUUUCGUUAUGCCAAAGCAUUCGACAAGUUACUUAUGGCGAUUGGAUCGAUAUUUGCUGUUAUCCACGGAGCCGCUUGGCCACUUUUGGCCAUUGUUUUUGGAAGCAUGACAAACACUUUCAUUCAACAAACGCAAAUAGGAUUCAUCGACAGCCAAUUCGAAAGUUAUACAACUUCGAUGUACCAAAAUUCGAGCGUAUCACUUUCUAAUUAUAAUUCCAGCUCUGUGAGAAAUCUUCAACAAUCCGAUCCAUACAAUGGUGUUACAAGGGAAGAAUUCGAAGACUACAUGACUACGUACGCACUGUAUUAUGUCUUUAUUGGAAUAGGUGUAUUUGUCACUUCUUACAUGCAGGUGAUGACUUGGAUGUGGGCGUGCGAGAGGCAAGUAUACAGAUUGAGGCAGGAGUUUUUCUACGAGGUAUUGAGAAAGGAGAUUGCUUGGUUCGAUUGUCAUCAAACCGGAGAACUUUCCAUGAAAUUAAAUGAUGAUCUUGAACGUGUUCGAGAGGGUAUUGGAGAUAAAUUCAGCAUGUUUAUUGAAUUUUCGUCUACUUUUGUUGCCGGGUUUAUCGUUGGAUUUGUCAAGAGUUGGGAAUUGACUUUAGUCAUUAUGUCAAUGACCCCCCUUCUUGCAUUAUCCUCUGCCUUUCUUGGAAAGAUGAUAGCUACGUCGGCAUCUAGAGAGCAACAGAAGUAUGCCGUAGCGGGAAGCAUUGCUGAAGAGGUAUUGAGCAGCAUAAAAACAGUGAUUGCUUUCUGUGGUCAAAAGUUUGAAGUUGAAAGAUAUACUGCUGCUCUACAAGAAGGAAAAAAUGUUGCUAUUCGAAAAUACUUCUUCAUGGCCAUUGGAAUUGGAUUCACAUUUCUUGUCCUUUACUGUUCAUAUGCUUUGGCAUUCUGGUACGGAUCCAGUUUAAUUUUGAAUAAAAAUCUAGAUGCUGGUGCAGUUUUUACUGUAUUUUUUGCAGUUAUGGUCGGUUCUUUUUCGUUAGGGAAUGCCAUUCCUCACUUAACUGCCGUGGCCACUGCUAAAGGAUCAGCUGCUACCGUUUAUGAUAUUAUUGAUACGAAACCUCUGAUAGAUGCCUAUUCUACCGAAGGAAUCAAAUUACAAGAUUUCAAAGCCGAUAUACAGUUCAAAAAUGUAGUUUUCAAUUAUCCUAUCAGGAAAUCAGUGAAAGUUCUGAGAAAUUUUUCGUUAUCCAUUCAAGAAGGACAAACGAUCGCAUUAUGUGGACCAAGUGGUAGUGGAAAAUCCACUGUAGUAAGCUUGUUACUCAGAUUUUAUGAUCCUAUAAUUGGACAGAUAGAAAUCGAUGGGCACAAUUUGAAAGAUCUGAAUGUUAAUUGGCUUCGACAUAUUGUGGGUGUAGUUAGUCAGGAACCUGUAUUGUUCGGUUGCACCAUCGCCGAAAAUAUCCGAUAUGGACGACCUGAUGUCACUUUUCACGAAAUUGUAGCAGCAGCUAAGAUGGCAAAUGUUCAUAAUUUUAUCGUGUCCCUGCCAGAUACUUACGACACAUUAGUGGGUGAACGUGGUGCUCAACUAUCAGGAGGACAGAAACAGAGAAUAGCAAUUGCUCGUGCCUUAGUUCGAGAUCCAAAAAUCUUACUUCUUGACGAAGCUACUUCGGCUCUAGAUGCAGAAAGCGAAGCCAUUGUUCAACAAGCUCUAGAUAAUGCUUGUUCCGGUCGAACCACAAUAAUAAUAGCUCAUCGUUUAUCUACUAUAAAAAAUGCUGAUAUAAUAUGUGCCAUCGAAAAUGGACAAAUUAUGGAAAAAGGUACGCACGAAGAAUUGAUGGAUAAAGAAGGUCUCUAUUACCAAUUAGUUACAAAUCAGAUGAUGAUGGACGAAACUGGAUAUUCAACAACUGAGGAACCAAGUUAUGUAGAAAAAUCAUUAACUAAAUCAGGUAGGAAGUACAGUCUUCAUAGACCCUUAUCAGAGAAGGAUCGCCAUCUUAAUCGUCUAAUGAGCGAAGUAGAAAAUGAAGAUAUUCAGAUGCCUUCAGGGUGGGAAAUUGUAAAAAUCUGCAGUAAAGAAUGGAAAGAAAUAUUUAUGGGUACAAUAUGUUCGAUCAUAGUUGGAGCAGUAAUGCCAACUUUCGCUGUGUUUUACAGUGAAAUUUUUUCUACCUUUACUCUGGAGGGUGAGGAAUUGAUAUCAGCAGCGUUUUUCUGGUCCAUGAUGUUUAUUGUUUUGGCAGUCAUAUCUUUUAUUGGAUACUGUUUCAGAACCAUCGGAUUCGCUUAUUCUGGGGAACAUCUCACUAUGAGACUCCGCCAAAAUGCAUUCAAUAAUAUUCUAAGACAACAUGCUGGAUGGUUUGAUGAUGAAAAGCAUACCUCUGGUAAACUAGCAACACGACUGGCUACAGACGUUCCUAUGGUGAAAAGUGCUGCGGGGCAUAGAAUUGGCACAGUGGUAUCUGCAGUAGUUACUUUAGUUACUAGCAUUGUAAUAGCUUUCAUCUUUGGAUGGAAAUUGGCUUUAGCAUUGUUGGCAUCUAUGCCAAUUUUAUUAGCUGCUGGAGCAGUACAGAUGAAAGUACAAAGAGGUAAUCAAAAGAGGGAUGCAGAACUCAUGGAAAAUGCAGGAAAUGUAGUUAGUGAAUCUUUAGAAAACGUACGGACCGUUCAGAGUUUGAAUUUAGAACAGACAUUUUUUCUCAAUUAUGUCAAUCAUCUCUUACUACCAUUUAAUGAGAAUAAGAAACAUGCUCAAGUAUACGCCUUGGCUUUUGCAUUUUCGCAAGGAAUGAUAUUUUUAAUUUAUGGAGCAGCAUUUAGAUUAGGAGCCUACUUUGUAGGAAGAGGUGACAUGGAAGCAGUCAAUGUUUACAGAGUAUUUUUUGCGAUGGCUUUCAGCGCAGUAUCAGUUGGACAAUGGAGUUCUUAUUUACCUGAUUAUACUAAAGCUAAACUUUCCGCAGCCUUAGUAUUUAAUAUUAUCAACACAAAACCUGAAAUAGAUAGUUAUUCAAUGGGAGGGGUGAAACCAAAAAUCAAAGGAGAAGUUACUUUCAAAGAUGUAUAUUUCUCGUAUCCAAGUCGAAAAAAUUUUCCAGUUUUAAGAGGGUUAAAUCUAAAUGUUAAACCUGGACAAACUGUAGCAUUAGUUGGGCCUAGUGGGUGCGGGAAAAGUACAAUAAUUUCUCUCAUAGAAAGAUUCUACGAUCCUAUGCAUGGACAAGUGAAAAUAGAUGAUUACGACAUAAGAACAAUGAAUAUAAAUCAUCUUAGAAGUCACAUAGCUCUUGUUAGUCAGGAGCCAGUAUUGUUCAACUGUUCAAUAAGAGAUAAUAUUGUUUAUGGUAUGGAAGAAUACGUGAGCGAAGUAAAUAUCCAAAAAGCUUGUCAUCUGGCAAAUGCUCAUAAUUUUAUAAUUUCUCUCCCACAGGGUUAUGAUACUGUAGUAGGAGAAAGAGGAACUCAACUUUCAGGAGGACAGAAGCAAAGAAUAGCAAUUGCCCGUGCUUUAGUUAGAAAUCCCAAAAUUUUACUCCUAGAUGAAGCCACUUCAGCUUUAGAUACUGAAAGUGAAAAGUUAGUACAAAUGGCUUUGGAUCAAGCGCGACACGGAAGAACAUGUAUUGUAGUGGCACAUCGACUUUCUACCAUUCAAGGAGCAGAUUGCAUUGUAGUCAUAGAUCAUGGAAGAGUGACAGAAUUUGGAAGUCACGAGAAAUUGUUAGAGAAAAAAGGGUUUUAUUAUAGAUUAACAAAAAGACAAAGAAUUAAGCACACUUACGACACAUUAGUGGGUGAACGUGGUGCUCAACUAUCAGGAGGACAGAAACAGAGAAUAGCAAUUGCUCGUGCCUUAGUUCGAGAUCCAAAAAUCUUACUUCUUGACGAAGCUACUUCGGCUCUAGAUGCAGAAAGCGAAGCCAUUGUUCAACAAGCUCUAGAUAAUGCUUGUUCCGGUCGAACCACAAUAAUAAUAGCUCAUCGUUUAUCUACUAUAAAAAAUGCUGAUAUAAUAUGUGCCAUCGAAAAUGGACAAAUUAUGGAAAAAGGUACGCACGAAGAAUUGAUGGAUAAAGAAGGUCUCUAUUACCAAUUAGUUACAAAUCAGAUGAUGAUGGACGAAACUGGAUAUUCAACAACUGAGGAACCAAGUUAUGUAGAAAAAUCAUUAACUAAAUCAGGUAGGAAGUACAGUCUUCAUAGACCCUUAUCAGAGAAGGAUCGCCAUCUUAAUCGUCUAAUGAGCGAAGUAGAAAAUGAAGAUAUUCAGAUGCCUUCAGGGUGGGAAAUUGUAAAAAUCUGCAGUAAAGAAUGGAAAGAAAUAUUUAUGGGUACAAUAUGUUCGAUCAUAGUUGGAGCAGUAAUGCCAACUUUCGCUGUGUUUUACAGUGAAAUUUUUUCUACCUUUACUCUGGAGGGUGAGGAAUUGAUAUCAGCAGCGUUUUUCUGGUCCAUGAUGUUUAUUGUUUUGGCAGUCAUAUCUUUUAUUGGAUACUGUUUCAGAACCAUCGGAUUCGCUUAUUCUGGGGAACAUCUCACUAUGAGACUCCGCCAAAAUGCAUUCAAUAAUAUUCUAAGACAACAUGCUGGAUGGUUUGAUGAUGAAAAGCAUACCUCUGGUAAACUAGCAACACGACUGGCUACAGACGUUCCUAUGGUGAAAAGUGCUGCGGGGCAUAGAAUUGGCACAGUGGUAUCUGCAGUAGUUACUUUAGUUACUAGCAUUGUAAUAGCUUUCAUCUUUGGAUGGAAAUUGGCUUUAGCAUUGUUGGCAUCUAUGCCAAUUUUAUUAGCUGCUGGAGCAGUACAGAUGAAAGUACAAAGAGGUAAUCAAAAGAGGGAUGCAGAACUCAUGGAAAAUGCAGGAAAUGUAGUUAGUGAAUCUUUAGAAAACGUACGGACCGUUCAGAGUUUGAAUUUAGAACAGACAUUUUUUCUCAAUUAUGUCAAUCAUCUCUUACUACCAUUUAAUGAGAAUAAGAAACAUGCUCAAGUAUACGCCUUGGCUUUUGCAUUUUCGCAAGGAAUGAUAUUUUUAAUUUAUGGAGCAGCAUUUAGAUUAGGAGCCUACUUUGUAGGAAGAGGUGACAUGGAAGCAGUCAAUGUUUACAGAGUAUUUUUUGCGAUGGCUUUCAGCGCAGUAUCAGUUGGACAAUGGAGUUCUUAUUUACCUGAUUAUACUAAAGCUAAACUUUCCGCAGCCUUAGUAUUUAAUAUUAUCAACACAAAACCUGAAAUAGAUAGUUAUUCAAUGGGAGGGGUGAAACCAGUAAGUAUAUUAAAAUCUUUCUGAACCUUUCUGAAUCUCAUAAAUUUCAAAAACAGAUCUUUGUAGAAAAUCAAAGGAGAAGUUACUUUCAAAGAUGUAUAUUUCUCGUAUCCAAGUCGAAAAAAUUUUCCAGUUUUAAGAGGGUUAAAUCUAAAUGUUAAACCUGGACAAACUGUAGCAUUAGUUGGGCCUAGUGGGUGCGGGAAAAGUACAAUAAUUUCUCUCAUAGAAAGAUUCUACGAUCCUAUGCAUGGACAAGUGAAAAUAGAUGAUUACGACAUAAGAACAAUGAAUAUAAAUCAUCUUAGAAGUCACAUAGCUCUUGUUAGUCAGGAGCCAGUAUUGUUCAACUGUUCAAUAAGAGAUAAUAUUGUUUAUGGUAUGGAAGAAUACGUGAGCGAAGUAAAUAUCCAAAAAGCUUGUCAUCUGGCAAAUGCUCAUAAUUUUAUAAUUUCUCUCCCACAGGGUUAUGAUACUGUAGUAGGAGAAAGAGGAACUCAACUUUCAGGAGGACAGAAGCAAAGAAUAGCAAUUGCCCGUGCUUUAGUUAGAAAUCCCAAAAUUUUACUCCUAGAUGAAGCCACUUCAGCUUUAGAUACUGAAAGUGAAAAGUUAGUACAAAUGGCUUUGGAUCAAGCGCGACACGGAAGAACAUGUAUUGUAGUGGCACAUCGACUUUCUACCAUUCAAGGAGCAGAUUGCAUUGUAGUCAUAGAUCAUGGAAGAGUGACAGAAUUUGGAAGUCACGAGAAAUUGUUAGAGAAAAAAGGGUUUUAUUAUAGAUUAACAAAAAGACAAAGAAUUAAGCACAUUUAUAGAAAUAAGAAAAUACCAGGCCCGUCUACUUCUUUAUUAAGUUUGUUUCGUUAUGCCAAAGCAUUCGACAAGUUACUUAUGGCGAUUGGAUCGAUAUUUGCUGUUAUCCACGGAGCCGCUUGGCCACUUUUGGCCAUUGUUUUUGGAAGCAUGACAAACACUUUCAUUCAACAAACGCAAAUAGGAUUCAUCGACAGCCAAUUCGAAAGUUAUACAACUUCGAUGUACCAAAAUUCGAGCGUAUCACUUUCUAAUUAUAAUUCCAGCUCUGUGAGAAAUCUUCAACAAUCCGAUCCAUACAAUGGUGUUACAAGGGAAGAAUUCGAAGACUACAUGACUACGUACGCACUGUAUUAUGUCUUUAUUGGAAUAGGUGUAUUUGUCACUUCUUACAUGCAGGUGAUGACUUGGAUGUGGGCGUGCGAGAGGCAAGUAUACAGAUUGAGGCAGGAGUUUUUCUACGAGGUAUUGAGAAAGGAGAUUGCUUGGUUCGAUUGUCAUCAAACCGGAGAACUUUCCAUGAAAUUAAAUGAUGAUCUUGAACGUGUUCGAGAGGGUAUUGGAGAUAAAUUCAGCAUGUUUAUUGAAUUUUCGUCUACUUUUGUUGCCGGGUUUAUCGUUGGAUUUGUCAAGAGUUGGGAAUUGACUUUAGUCAUUAUGUCAAUGACCCCCCUUCUUGCAUUAUCCUCUGCCUUUCUUGGAAAGAUGAUAGCUACGUCGGCAUCUAGAGAGCAACAGAAGUAUGCCGUAGCGGGAAGCAUUGCUGAAGAGGUAUUGAGCAGCAUAAAAACAGUGAUUGCUUUCUGUGGUCAAAAGUUUGAAGUUGAAAGAUAUACUGCUGCUCUACAAGAAGGAAAAAAUGUUGCUAUUCGAAAAUACUUCUUCAUGGCCAUUGGAAUUGGAUUCACAUUUCUUGUCCUUUACUGUUCAUAUGCUUUGGCAUUCUGGUACGGAUCCAGUUUAAUUUUGAAUAAAAAUCUAGAUGCUGGUGCAGUUUUUACUGUAUUUUUUGCAGUUAUGGUCGGUUCUUUUUCGUUAGGGAAUGCCAUUCCUCACUUAACUGCCGUGGCCACUGCUAAAGGAUCAGCUGCUACCGUUUAUGAUAUUAUUGAUACGAAACCUCUGAUAGAUGCCUAUUCUACCGAAGGAAUCAAAUUACAAGAUUUCAAAGCCGAUAUACAGUUCAAAAAUGUAGUUUUCAAUUAUCCUAUCAGGAAAUCAGUGAAAGUUCUGAGAAAUUUUUCGUUAUCCAUUCAAGAAGGACAAACGAUCGCAUUAUGUGGACCAAGUGGUAGUGGAAAAUCCACUGUAGUAAGCUUGUUACUCAGAUUUUAUGAUCCUAUAAUUGGACAGAUAGAAAUCGAUGGGCACAAUUUGAAAGAUCUGAAUGUUAAUUGGCUUCGACAUAUUGUGGGUGUAGUUAGUCAGGAACCUGUAUUGUUCGGUUGCACCAUCGCCGAAAAUAUCCGAUAUGGACGACCUGAUGUCACUUUUCACGAAAUUGUAGCAGCAGCUAAGAUGGCAAAUGUUCAUAAUUUUAUCGUGUCCCUGCCAGAUACUUACGACACAUUAGUGGGUGAACGUGGUGCUCAACUAUCAGGAGGACAGAAACAGAGAAUAGCAAUUGCUCGUGCCUUAGUUCGAGAUCCAAAAAUCUUACUUCUUGACGAAGCUACUUCGGCUCUAGAUGCAGAAAGCGAAGCCAUUGUUCAACAAGCUCUAGAUAAUGCUUGUUCCGGUCGAACCACAAUAAUAAUAGCUCAUCGUUUAUCUACUAUAAAAAAUGCUGAUAUAAUAUGUGCCAUCGAAAAUGGACAAAUUAUGGAAAAAGGUACGCACGAAGAAUUGAUGGAUAAAGAAGGUCUCUAUUACCAAUUAGUUACAAAUCAGAUGAUGAUGGACGAAACUGGAUAUUCAACAACUGAGGAACCAAGUUAUGUAGAAAAAUCAUUAACUAAAUCAGGUAGGAAGUACAGUCUUCAUAGACCCUUAUCAGAGAAGGAUCGCCAUCUUAAUCGUCUAAUGAGCGAAGUAGAAAAUGAAGAUAUUCAGAUGCCUUCAGGGUGGGAAAUUGUAAAAAUCUGCAGUAAAGAAUGGAAAGAAAUAUUUAUGGGUACAAUAUGUUCGAUCAUAGUUGGAGCAGUAAUGCCAACUUUCGCUGUGUUUUACAGUGAAAUUUUUUCUACCUUUACUCUGGAGGGUGAGGAAUUGAUAUCAGCAGCGUUUUUCUGGUCCAUGAUGUUUAUUGUUUUGGCAGUCAUAUCUUUUAUUGGAUACUGUUUCAGAACCAUCGGAUUCGCUUAUUCUGGGGAACAUCUCACUAUGAGACUCCGCCAAAAUGCAUUCAAUAAUAUUCUAAGACAACAUGCUGGAUGGUUUGAUGAUGAAAAGCAUACCUCUGGUAAACUAGCAACACGACUGGCUACAGACGUUCCUAUGGUGAAAAGUGUAAGUGUGCAUUGA